CGGUGUGGGAUUCUGCUCCCAAUGGAUUCGAGGGGGCGGGGUUAGGAAGGAGGGGGGACUCGAACCCGCGCGGCAGCCAUCGGUCCUCCAGCCAUAGAGAGGUGCGGGUAGAGCGGCAGCGCGCGCGCGGCCAAACCACCGAGAGAGGCGGGAGAUAGAGCGGCUCCGCCCUCACGCUCCGCGCCCUCGCCCUCGGCGCCCCCGUGCGGGCGAGCGCGGCGGCGGCGGUUCCCAUGGAGAUGGAAGAUGGCGCCCAGGGGCCGCCACCAUCGCUCCUCGGCUCCGCUGCAGGUCCUGCUCUUCCUCAACGGCUGGUACUGCGCCACAUAUUUUCUCCUGGAAGCGUUCGUGUUCGUGUACAAAGUGCUGCUCCUGCCCUAUCCCGUCUCCAACUUGGUGCUGGAUGUGGUUCUGCUCCUCCUGUACCUCGGCAUUGAGGCCACACGCAUCUUCUUCGGCUCCAAGGGGAACCUGUGCCAGCGGAAGGUGCCGCUGUCCCUCAGCCUGGCACUUACGGUGCCGGCAGCUGUGCUGGCCGUGUACUACCUGCUGCUCCAGACAUAUUCCCUGCGCCUGGAAGCGUUCCUGAGCGCCAUCCUGCUCCUCUUCUACGGCCUGGAGCUGCUUCUGGGCUUCCUGGCGCUGCUCUCCUUCUCCAGGUGCUGCAUCCCAGGAACUGAGGGAGCUGGCGCGGGAGCUGCCAGGAAGGCAACAGGAGCGCUGUGUAAAAGACUGACAACGUCAUCUGAGUUUAUUACACAAUUCCAACCUAUCCAAAGACAAAUCUAAUCACUGCGAGCAGGAGGGGCGGCGCCUCGCCGGGGCUUCCAGGGAUUU